AUGGUAAACUUUGGUGCCGAGGGUGAUGAAUAUUCUAUCCUACCUGCGGAUUCGGAUGGGGUCGGGCGUGCAGACAGCAACGGUACCGAUUUUUGUACCGUUAUUGAAUCGAUUGGAAGGAACAAAAAAGCAUUGGCACCAGACAUUAUCUUUCGUGGUAAGGAACUCCACAAAGACAGGUUUUCAAGUGAUGUACGGGGUAAUUGGGUAUUUCACUUGUCAUAUGAAGGUGGGAGUUAUCAAUGUCUUGCUGUUGAUUGGUUGAAUAAAAUAUUCAUUCCUAAUACUGAUGCUGGCCCUAAUAAGGAGCCUGUAAUGCUCGUUCUUGACGGCCACAGCUCCCACGAUUCUAUCGUAUUCGAUGAUACGUGCAAGACCAACAGCAUACACUUGAUUCUAAUCAAUCCUCAUAUAUCGCACAUUUGUCAACCAUGUGAUCAAUAA